GUUGCUAUUCACUCACAGCGACGACCUAGAUGCUGAGGGCGCUGUGUAAUCACAAUUCAACUUUCUCGCCCACCAUGGAACUGUAUAAAGCAUCUUCCUCGUUUGGGGUUCAUAGGAGCAAAUCGCCACACCCUCCCACCAUUUAUCACCGCGCUGGACCGCCGUGCUCUUCCCCCGCCAGUCGCCGCCACCUUUGAUCCGUUUACUCUCUCGACCGCAGAACAACCCCGACAUGGCCGAUUUCAACACCGAAGACGAACGCAUUGAAGAGCUCACUAUCCUGCAAUCCAUCUACCCGGAGCUAGUCAUUCAUGAUAAUGACGACGAUGCUUACACAGCCGCGCUUGAAUUGCCUGUGGCGCCUGCGAAGCCGCUCCCUAUCACUUUUCAGCCAGGCCAACACAUCGAGCACUUCGCACACCUGCCACCUAUUCGAUUGGAGCUCGUGCUGCCUGUCGAAUAUCCCGUCCACGCACCACCUACCGUGAAGCACAUCUCGACCUCGCCAUCUUGGCUAUCCGAUGACCUCCAGCAUCAGCUGGCCGACGAAGCGCAACUACUAUGGAACGAUUACGGCGGAGGCAUGAUGUUGUUCGCAUACAUCAGCUCUCUACAAGAGAAGAUAGAGUCGGUAUGUGGAUUGACCGAGCUCACCCUGCCAUCCAGCAUGCGACAGGAGCUUGUAGAAUACAGCCAGCGCAUCGAGAAGGACCUGUUCAACAAGGAAACUUUUGACUGCGAGGUGUGUCUAGACCCCAAGAAAGGAUCCGAGUGUUAUCGCAUGCAAUGCUGUGCCCAUGUUUUCUGCAUCGCCUGCCUUCAGGACUACUACAACUGCUGCAUAACCGAAGGCGAAGUCAGCAACGUCAAGUGCAUGUCAACAGAGUGCGACGGUAAUGGAAAGAAGAACCGAUUAUUGUCACCCAAAGAACUGCUUCAGAUUCCCGUCGCACGCGACCAAGUCGAGCGAUACGCGAAUCUGCGACGGAAGAAGAAGAUGGAAGCCGACCAAACCAUCGUCUACUGCCCCCGCCAAUGGUGCCAAGGUGCCAUGCGAACAACCAAAUAUCCCAAGAUCACCGAUGUGAGCCUGAUGGACGACGCGGAAUCUGAACCAGAGGACGAAGAAAAAGAUCCCGUGCCACAAGUCGUCGCUGAACCUGGAUCUGAACCGGCGCCUGAAAAGCGCAAGAUUGGCGUAGUAGGCAUGGACCGUCUGCGAGUUUGCGAAGACUGCACUCUGGCUUUUUGUGUCGUCUGUCUAGCUUCUUGGCAUGGUGACUUUGUGCGCUGCGAGCGACGCGACGCCACGCAGCUCACAGAACAGGACCAGGCGUCGCUCAACUUCAUUUUGGCACAUACCACGUCAUGUCCAGAAUGCAACGUACCUUGCGAGAAGAACCUAGGCUGCAAUCACAUCACCUGCCGUCAGUGCGGGGCGCACUUUUGUUAUCUCUGUUCUGCAUGGCUUAGCCCGGACAACCCAUAUUCCCAUUUUGGCAACCCUGAGAACGUGUAUUGCUAUCGGCGCCUGUGGGAAGGAGCUGAAGGCGAUGGGCAGCCUGGUGACUUGCCGCCUGCUGAGCUUUGGGAACGAGAGGCUUUGCGUAUUCAGCACGAGCAGUAGCAGUAUUUGACUAGUACGCGGCAGUCUAGAUAUCUAAAGACUAAAGCACAUUCACCAGUAGUGGUAGCUUUAGUCUUUAUUGCAUCUCAAACAUCAAUCCGUUUCUCUACUCGGUUUGUUCCCACAGUCUGUUUUCUCAAGCAAGCAGUUAACGAACGAUGAGUGCAUCUCAUUUCAUAUAGAGAAUACAUUUAUUAGACA